AUGUCCAUUUUACGACUGCCAGAUGAUAUCCUCUUUCUCUUGGCCGAUAAUCUGUCGCGAGAGAAGGACAUCAACGCCCUUGCGCAGACUAGCCGUCAACUUUACCCACCGCUCAACCGAUUCCUCUACCAGUAUAAUAUCCGACAUUGCCACAGCUCUGCUCUUCGCUGGGGUGUGUAUGUGGGUUCUGAGGGUACCGUUAGAAAAUGCCUAGAGCUAGGUGCACCUAUUGAGGGUAAACCCAAGACGGACCCGAACGACGAGGACGAAGACAGCGAUGAAGACAGAAGUGAGCCACCGCUGGUGAACGUUGCAGCCGAACGAGGCUACGAUGGUGUCUUGCAGCUCUUACUGGAUUAUGGGGCCAGCCCGAACGAGAACCGUCAAUUUCCUCAGGUGCCCCUUUCUUUGGCCAUCCAAAAUGGACACGACGCAGCCAUGCGAGUAUUAUUAGCCCGGGAAGACACAAAGGUUACCCUGCCAUCCACCCCGUUCAGCCAACAACCGCUGCAUUUCGCUUUAGAACGAGGAUCUCUGGAAUGUGUUCUCCUCCUGAUCGAGCGAGGCGCAGAUCUCCAGCAGUAUGAGUCUACAGGCGCCCGGGCACUCCAUCCGGCCAUUAGAAGCGGGAGUCAAGCUCUGGUCGAGUUCCUCAUGAGUCGCGGGUGUAAUCCACUCAGCUGUUGUGGGUAUACAGCUCUAUCGCUUGCUGCAGUCAUGGGACACCAGUCACUGGUCCAGUAUUUCCUUGCUCAUGGAGUGGAUCCGGAUAUUCGGGACCGUACCGGAUUCACUGCUCUCGGGCACGCGGCCAAGGAGGGCCACGCAGAUGUCGUCGAGACGUUGCUUGCGUGGGGCGUCGGGACAGAAAAUGUCGGCGAGGACGGAGAGACGGCUCUGUGCUGGGCGGCCAGAGAAAACCACGAAAUGGUUGUGGAUCUUCUCCUGCGGCAUGGAGUAGAUCCAAGCUCGCCCAACUCUCGCGGGAUACGGCCCAUCCACUGGGCUGUCACCAACGGGUCCAUCCCCAUACUCAAAGCGCUCUUGGCCCGUGGUGCCAGGAUAGACAUUCAAACUGACGGAGAAACACUCCUCCAUAUCGCCGUACGGCGGAAAGAUCAGCCGCUGGUUGAAAUGCUCAUACAGCUGGGCAUCGAAGUGGAUAAACCAGACAAUGCGGGCCGGACUCCUUUAGCUGUGGCUGCCGCGGGCGGUCAUCUCGAAAUGAUGGAGCUCUUGCUCGCCAACGGCGCAGACAUGACUAUCCGCGGUCAAGGCGCGCCGCUGCACACGGCCCUCUGGAGACGUCAAGAUGAGGCCGUCGAGUUCUUGCUCCGACGAGGCGCUGAUCCGGACUUUGCAAAUGCCGAUGGUCCCAAUCGACUCAUCCACGCAGUCGACAAUCGAAUGGUCCGGGUCACGCGGUAUCUCCUGGAAAACGGCGUCGAUCCCAAUCCUGUAUCUGAUUCCGGUUGUACCCCGCUGCUUAUUGCCUGUGAGAUUUUCGGGGAGGAUAACUACGAGAUAGCUGAGAUGCUGCUCCGGACCGGUCGAGCGAAUGUCCAUGCCCGAAACGCGGAAGGGCGCACGCCGAUUAUGUUCGCGACCGGGGAAGAAGGGGAUCCUCAGCUCGUAAGGCUUUUGCUCUCCCACGGGGCAAAUGCCAAUGAUCAAGACGAGGACGGGUGGAGUUGUCUUGAGAGGGCGAUAGCGGCGGGGAACGAGGAGACAGCCAGGAUUCUAGUCGAGGCUGGGGCAAACGUCAACGCCCGGGACAGCUAUGGGCAGACUGCUUUACAUCUGGUUCACUCACAUGAUCCUUUUUAUCAAUAUCUGCUUGAAAAGGGCGCAGAGCUUUGA